AUGGAAUCUUCAGAAGCUUACACCUUGCGAAUAUGCGGUCCUAAGAUAAUCCAAAAUCUCAAUGUGGCCGAUGUCUUAGAUGAUCUGUUUGCUGGUGGCUGGCUCACGAGCGAGGAAUGCGAGCUCAUAAACGCAGAGAGAACAUCGUCCGAUAAAACUCGAAAGCUUUUGGAUUACUUGCGUCGCAUGCCAACCGAGGGAAUCAAAUGCUUCCUCGAAGCUCUUGAGGAGAAUAAAGGCUGGCUAGCCGAUUAUAUUCGUUCACGCCAACGGGAGCAAGGUGCGGAACAGAGGUACGUGCCUCGUCUCCGGUUUUUGUUGAGAAAUUUUUUAAUUUCUAUGGGCUUGUUCUUACAAGCAGAUGAUUUAUGA